AUGUCGACCGCGCGGAUCGUCAAGUACACCGUCCACCACCUCAGCCAGACGCUGGAGCUCAGCGAGGUCCAGCAGCUCGCCAACGUCCUCGCCAACGUCAUGACGACGCGGCCUACCAAACUCCCUAUGUCCACCCGCUGCGCCCACCGCCUGGCGGACUGCGCGGAGCGCCUGCUCGACGCCGUCCCGCAGCUCGAAUCCGAGAUGAUUCCGUCUCCGUUGCGCGAAAGACUCUGGUUUUUAUAA